AUGUCAUCUGCAACUCUAACAGCUAUUCAGAAUUCAAUUGUUUUCAAUGGAUAUCCAACUUUUAUGAGUUUAGGAUACAUUGGUAAUAUUUUAAUUAUUAUCAUCUUCGCUCGACAACAUCAAAAUGCAUGCUCAAUUUUUUUGAUCAGUUCAGCAAUUGCAAAUCUUACUUAUUUAUCAUUUAACUGUUUCACACAAUUAUUUCCAUUUUAUUAUCGAGAUGAAACAGUUCGAGCAUUCAUUUUAUGUAAAAUUCGCUUUUACUUUGGAAAUGUCUUUGGACAAUCGGCAAGAAUACUAGUGGUUGCAGCAGCUUUGGAUCGUUUUAUGUACACAAGUAAUCGUGCUAAUUUUCGAGCAUUGAGCACACCGAAACAAGCAAAAUGGUGGGUCUUUGGUAUUGUUAUAUUUUGGCCAAUAUUUGCUUGUCAUAUUCCAAUCAUGGUUACGAUUGUUAACGGACAAUGUGGCACCUUUGGCACUUAUUCCAUAAUUUAUACCAUUUAUCUUAUUUUAUUUGUCGGGUUAGUUCCAUCGAUAAUGGUAGCUGUACUUGGCUAUUUAACUUAUCGUCAUAUAACACAAUUAAGAAACCGUGUUCAACCGAUAAUUUCUUCUACUAUAAAUCAAGCGAAUACAAAUAUUCGACGACGAGAUCGAACCUUAUUAAUUUUAGUCAUGUCUGAAUCGACAGUCUAUUUUAUAACGACAAUUCCAUACUCAUUUAUUAAUUUGGAAAUAUUAGUUUCUAAAUCUGUAUUAACAAAUAAAAGUGCUCAAUAUUCUCAAAUUGAAACUUUUAUUAAUGCAGUAGCAUUUUUAAUACUCUAUAUAAAUAAUGCCAUUCCAUUUUAUAUUUAUUUGAUUACAUCGGGAACGUUUCGUCAAGAUGUAAAACAAUUAUUUGUUGAUAUUUAUCGAAAACCGACAAGACAACCAGCAGCUGUUCGAACAAAUAAUGCUCGCCGAACAAUUCUAACAAAAACACAAAGAGAGACUCAUAAUUAA